GACACUCCCUCCAGAUGUCUACUAUGAGCAGAUCCAGGGCGAGCCUUUCUCCAGCAGCCUCAGAAAGGUCGACGCUGCCUAUGGGAGCGUCUGCCGAACCAGGCAGCCCAGACUUCAAGUCUUUGGAACAACCGACGAGGGAGCAGCUUCUAACCCACUUUUUUGAAAGAUUCAAGUUCUACACAUCACUUUGUCUAGGAACAUCAGCCAUACUCGCAGUCUUCGCUUUCCUCUUCUUGAUACCUUUCGUGGUGGAACCUGCUAUUCAAACAAUACUAGCAGAGUUCGUGCCAGAAGCUGGUAUCUGCUCUGUCUCUGAACAUGUGCACGCCGAGACCUUGACCAAUUGCACCUGGGCGUCAUGCAGGGAAGGAUGCACGACUGCCCACACUAAAUGUCAUAAGAUACGUGUAAAUUUAGCUAGAAGACCGUUUGUAGAAAAUGCACCAGUGCCGACUGAAUGGGAUGAGACUGAUCUAAAGUUUCUGAUAAACCCUGAAGGUUGCGGUUAUCCUCCACGGGUUAAUUGUUCGGUGUUUGCGACUGAUUACGCGGGCCCGAGAGCUCCGAAGAUUUUCCCUUGUUACUAUAGUUUGACUAGGUCAGACCUGGUGGUGGCGAGGUACUCGUGGGAGUCGACGGUGCGAGGGUUGAUCCUGGCUCUGGUGCUGCCGACGGCGGUGUUCGUGUUCAGCCUGAGUGUGCUCGCAUACUGGCACUGUCGCUGCUGUGACAGGGCGUGUAACAGACGGGUGCACGCCGAAUCCUUUGCGAGUAAAGAAGACAGCAAACUGUUGUGCGAGUUGGACGACGAUCCUAGUGAUGAUGUGUUCUGACGCCGAGCUUCAGCUGCCCGCCGCCGCGCCCCCCAACGGAAACCUGAAGGUUACGCACAACUCUAAACUGGGUGAAUAGAUGAAUACUCUAGGCCUAUGAAACAAAUAGCAUAGACGUUAGUCAAAUUGGAACAAUUGAAAGUCAACAUAAACUUUCUUGAGAGUACUUAGGAUACUAACAUUUAACUGUACUGAUAAACAGACAGAGUUGCACGGUUUGUUCAUUAAAAUAUAACGAGUCUUCAAAAACAAUAACAGAUUUACUAUCGCCAUCCAACACUCAUCUGGCAGUUAACUGGUCGAGAAUCGGUUGCUAUUAAAAAGAGAAAAACCUCAAUGUAUGAGAUUGAUGUAAACGGAGACAACUUAUAUCAGUGUCAACUUCAUACAAUAUUGAUUUAUCUAUUGACUUCGAUUUGAUUACCGUUUAUGCUAUUCGUCUUGGGAGGCUAGAUACCUGUACUAUACAAAUAUUCCCAUAUAUCUACCUAAAUAUCAAUAAAAAUCUAUCCAAUAAAAUCUAAUACACUAUCGGUUGAAAAAAAUGCCUCAAAUUGGAAGGUUGUGAUUUAAAAACUUAAAUAGCAGCACUGAAAUAUUAUACUUACCUAUAAUUCAUAAUACCAUCAACGCCUUGUUUUAAAAUAAGAAAUACUAUUUAAAUAUAAAUUUCCCUUAUUUUAUUUUUUGGUAUAAUAGAUUUGUAAU